AUGUCGGACUCGACGCGCGUCGCAGUGCUCGUGCCCUUUCGCGACACUCAUCCGACGCAACAGCGACGCACUCACUUGGACGCGUUUGUGCCGUACAUGACGGACUUCUUACGCCGCCACUGUGCUGCAACGAGUGCCUCGUUCCACCUCUUUAUCCUCGAGCAGUCGCUGGACGGCCGCAAGUUCAAUCGGGGCAAGUUGCUCAACGCAGGCUUCGACAUGGCGUGCACUGACUACGACGUGUACAUUUUCCACGACGUCGACUUGCUGCCCGCAGACAGCUUGAACGCGUGGUACACGACUGUGCCGCAUCAUGGCCCCGUGCACAUUGCGCGCGUGUGGGACCGCUAUCGCGGAAGCCCAACUUACUUUGGCGACGACGAGCUCUAUUGUCGCGUCGUGCACAAACACCUCACUGUCCAAGCGCCGACGAGUGGUGCCGUUCGAGAUCUGGAAGAGAUGAACCUCAACGAGAAGCUCGCGGUGCUUCGUGCAAACAAGUGGAAGUGCACAGUAAAGCGCGAGUUGCUCAAGGAGCACCGUCAGACGUGGCAGAAGAACGGACUAAAGGGUCUGCAUUACGAGUACGUCGAUGCGGAAGCUCUGAACGAGCAUUGCACCAAGAUCACCGUCCACCUCGGUCCGAACGGCCAUUGGUCGGACUCGAGGUCGUCAUUGGAGACCUCACCGGCGAUGGCUUCUUGUCCAGCUUCGACUUCAGCUGUGGUUCCACGACGCUCACCUACAGACGUUGGAAACGACGAGACAACCGCUACGGUCGACACGACCGGAACUGCGUCAACGCACGUUCCAUAA